GGGAAAUGGUGAAAAAAUUGCUACAACCGGAUUGGCUCCAUGAUGAUGAUAAUUUUUUGAAAAAAACAAAUGGAGUAUAAAAAGGCCAGUGAAUUUUCGAAUGAGCAUCAGUCGAGGUGUACUCUAGUACCAAACAAUUCAAACCCAAGAAUGAGGAGUUUCACGAUAUUGGUGGUGAUUGUGGUGGUGGGUAAUUGCGCCUCUCAGCCCGUUGACAAAGUUCACCAGGUGGGAGGGCAACUGGGCCAGUUUGUCCAGGGACAGGGGCAUGUGAGCCAAGGUGGCAUUCAGGUACCAGGUCAGAACUACGCCCCCGUGGGCAAUGGACAUUAUUCGAGCAAUGGAUAUCCAGCACAAGGGACGAUUAAUGUUCCUCAAGGAGUUCAGGGACAACAACCAGUUGACGGAGCUCCGGGACACGUGGAGCAUGGCCAGGUCGUUCCAGUUGGAAUAAUCUCGCAGGACUCUGAGGUAAAUCCCGAUGGUACCUUUCACAAUGUCUGGGAGUCGGAGAAUGGUAUCAAGGUUCAGGAGGAAGCUUCUGUGAGACUCGUUGGUGAUAACACCGUUGCUCAGACUGUUACUGGACAGAUCAGCUAUGUCGACAACGACGGCAAACAAAUUCUGCUGAGGUAUGUUGCUGAUGAGACUGGAUUCCAUCCUGAGGGGGAACAUCUUCCAACACCACCACCAGUUCCAACGGGCAUUGCCCGAGGUCUUGAGUGGAUUCGCGCUCAUCCACCGGUGGAAGAAUCUGACAUCACCGCUGACAGUGUUGUCACUGAAGUGAAGUCCAGCCAGGAGCACACUUCACAAUAUUAAUUUCGAUUAUACGAUGCCAUUCAGAUACUCAGAUUUUUUGCUUUUACAUUGAUAAGCUACUUGGCAUGAAUGUUUAAAAUUUGUAUAAGACCCCUUUUUAUAAAUAAAUUUAUUUUCAACUAUA